AAUUUCCAUGUGUAAGGUCAUAUGGGCAACGUAUAUAAAACCUUCUGUGAGUUAGGGUUUUAGAAGUUUACAGUCCGGUGUCUUCUAGGGCUUUAGAAAAAGCGCAUAAAUUAACACAAUUCUCUGAACCAAGUGUCAACGGAGAAAAUGGGUUUCUGGGGAAUCGAAGUGAAACCAGGAAAGCCUCAUCCUUAUCAUUCUGACAAUGUGCAAGGAACUCUGCAUGUGACUCAGGCGACUUUAGGCCUUGGUUCGUCAACAGAGAAGGCCAUACUUCAGUGCUCUGUUGGAGAUAAGAACCCAAUUUUCUUGUGUUCCUUAUUGCCAAAUCAGAAUGAAUCUUGCUCCUUGAAUCUUGAAUUCAAUGAGGAUGAUUUGGUAACCUUCUCUGUCAUUGGUCCACGAAGCAUCCAUCUUUCUGGCUACUUUGUGGCUGAUGAUGGAGAUCACCUUCGAGAUGAAUAUGAUUCUGAUUCUUAUGGGGAGGAUAUCAUAGAGACUGAUACAGACGAGUCGUCUGAAUUUGAUACUGGAGACGAGUAUGAGGAUGACAUUGAUGAUGAUGACGACUUAUUCCCACCUUCACCUGUCCGUAAUAGUGGAGUUGUGAUUGAGGAGAUAGUGGAUGAUGAGAAACCAACGAAUGGGAAUGAUCGAUCAAAACGACUAAAGAAAAAGGAUCAAUCAAGUAACUCUGAGCAACAAAUUGUUGUCAAGAAUAGUACUGGUAUCUCAGUCUUGGAAAGUGAAGAUGAAGAUGGCUUUCCCAUUAAUAGUUCCGGUAAAAGCAAAGGAACUUCUCAAGAUUCCCAAGUGGAAGUGGUUGAUGAGAUGGGUAAGAAAUCAAGUGAAAAAUCUGAGAAGAAGAAAGCCAAAGACAGCAGUGAUGAGGGUACUGGAAAAAAAAGAAAGGUUAAAAGUGUGGACCACGAUGAUCAAACAGAGAAUUUUGAUUUCAGGAAAAAGAAGAAGAAAAAAGAGAAGCGUGAACAGAGACAAAUUAAAAAGGCUGUUAUCAGUAGUGAGGCUGAGGUUCUCUCAGAGGGUGAAAAUCAGCAGGAGGUGAAGAGUCUCAAUAUGAACCAGAAGGACCUUGACAAUGAAGCAUUCAAUUUGCCUGAUGAAGAUCACUCCAAGAAGAAAAAGAAGAAACAAAAGAAGAAGAAGAAGGCCCAGGAGAGUGACGGGGAUGGGAAAACAGGUCAGACUGUUUCAACUGUGCAAGAACAAGCUGCGGCUAAGCCAUCUCAAGUGAGAUCGUUUCCAAAUGGGCUGGUUAUAGAGGAGGUAGCAAUGGGAAAGCCAGAUGGGAAAAGAGCUUCUAAUGGAAAACAAGUCAGCGUCCACUAUAUUGGCAAACUAAAGAACGGUAAAAUGUUUGACUCUAAUGUGGGAAGAGCACCUUUUAAAUUCCGCCUAGGCAUUGGACAAGUUAUUAAGGGAUGGGAUGUUGGUGUCAACGGCAUGCGCGUGGGGGACAAACGAAGACUAACAAUUCCGCCAUCAAUGGGUUAUGGGGCAAAAGGAGCUGGGGGAAAGAUACCACCAAAUUCGUGGCUUGUGUUUGAUGUGGAAUUGGUUGAUGUUCAAUAAUCCGGCCUUUUUUUUUUCCUCUGCUUCAGUUUUGAAGCUCUUAACUGUUUUAGUAGCCGGCAAGAUGAUCACAGGAACGUAUUCUAAGAGACAGUAUAGGUUUUCUCUUUUGGCAAUUGUAAAAGUUUACCCUUAUCAUAUGUUCCAAUGGGAGUUGUGAGAUUAAAUUCUGUAAGCGCAAAUUUUGUGGAACACACAGUACUUUAUUAUGUUUCAGUAAGGCAUUUUUGACCAGCAAUAGCCACGAUAUAAUAAAGCUAAAUAUUUUAAU